GGCUUCCGAGUGGUCUAAAUUUAGACAUACAUUCAACCUUCAGCCAGUGGGACCCUGAGCUGUCUCCCCACGCCCAUCCUGGACCUUCAGCACCGGCAGCCAGGCAGUGCAGCAAUCUGUACCGAGGCCCUCUAGUCUAAGGUGUCCAGCAUUUACAAGGAUGAUACAUACGUCAACUGGACCUUGUUGGUUAUGUCAGAUGAAUGGUCUACAAACUAUAUCCGCUGAUUCAACAACAGCAAGCCAUUUGGCCAUUGCUAACUAUCGCCAGACUAUACAAUCAUUUAUCUUUAUACCGCAAGUCAUAGCUCAAAACCGAACCUUGGCAAUCCCAUUGGUUCAGAGUUGGCUCUAAAACCUGAAAGCCAACUUGCUACUUGCUUGUCUCGAGACAGUUGCACUUUGACAGCAAUUUGUGUCUGAUUGUGGUUUCUGGUUGGUCUACCAACUGAUACUAGGCCUCUAUGGCUGCAUUGGCGCGUCUCACAACCAAGAAUCAUCUCGUAAGUGCGUGCUGGCUUGCUGCCAUUCAGAGGAGACAUCCAAAAACACAAUUAGUUACUGAGGUUACAGUGCAAACAUGGUUGCAUACGACCCAAUAGAAUUUCAUCUAUGCCAGCCAUUCUCUUUUUCAGAUGCACUGGUCCACGUUGGCGGAAUCUAGGUAUCCAGAACAAGAUAGGCCGCGUGGAGCUUUGUGAAUGACACGAUAUUGGCUGAGCAUCAUCUCGCAGAAACUGAUCAUCAACGGUCAACAACAAUUCUGACACAGAAUUGUUGAGCCGCCAGAUCCGGUUGCAUACAUCAUAUCUGCUUGGCACCAAAAUUUGCUUCGUUUGGACGGACACGCCGCCGGAGACAAGGACUGUGCACGUUUCCGUACUCCAUCUUACGACAAAAAGCACCAAAAAUAAGGAUCAACCGAAAUUCCCCAUCGUAUUGCAGUUUGAUAUUGCGCAUCUCCGUCAUCGCAGUUGGUGAAUUUGUCGAUCCGUCACACGAACAAAGACGUUGGCACAAAUAAUCAAGUUCAAAGUUGAAAGAUAUCACACCUGGUCGCUUAUCACGACAAUUAAGAGCAACCAUUACAAGUCUCAACCGGGCGUGUCAUAGAACAAAGGUUCAUGGCAAAACAUCAGCAACGAGUUUCACGCUGACAAGUUGCUUGAUGGUCGAUAUGCAUCACUGCUGCACAGAGGUGAUCAUAUCGCCAGACCAGGUCAAUUGAUUGUGUUCAUAAUCGCGGCCCCAAGUUGCAAGACACGAUCAACACUCCGAAAGGCUUGGAUAAGAGAAGGUGAAGAUGGAAAGACAACACCAAGGUCAGGGGCAGGGUUCAGGGGACUAAUCAAGUGGGUCAAACAUGGAAUGAGGAUCGGGGCCAUGCGGGCAAAAAAAAAAAAAACAGAGCAUCAUCUUGGGACCAAUGACUUGGGCCCGAAUGUUGACCCGCCUCGAUGCUCAGUUUUUUAUGGCGAAUCCUCGUAUUCACCUGGGAACGAGGCGAUUUCUCACCCCUUGUUGCCCUUCUACUCUACCCUUCCUCUCCAAUCUGUCAAUCUACUUCCCAUGGGUCUCAGGAGCUUUUUAAAGAAUACGAAGAGCAGCAUGAUGGGCUCAUACGGAGACAAUCACACAAUGCUCCUCUUAUACAAGCCUGUCCGUCUGCCGUUACAUCCACAGUGACAUCACAAAGCUCAUGAAGGUUCGUAUCUUAGCGGCGUACGGUUGAUUGAGGCGCCGCCGUCUGAGCAACUGAAGGACAGGUACCAGGGGGUCACGGAUGUGGCAACGGUGCACCCAUCGACAAAAAUACUCGUGCAACUGAUUACAUGGCGAUGAAGUUGAACGCCUGUGCAGCAAGAACCAAGAACCAACCAUACCAAAGGUGGCAUAUCGGAAUUGUGACAACCGACUUCUGUUGAUGGCCCAGCUUGUAUCGGCCAAUACUAAACAAUGGCUGAAACUUUUCUUAAGUUUCUAUAGCAAUUGGAUGUUCCAAGAAUGAGCAGUUGUGCCCUUGUUAUCAGACAGCCAGUGCUUCAGCUCAUCUCUGGUCAACUUCAGGUCAAGCAGUCAGCACGCCUCAUGUCUUGGACUGUGUUUACUGACAAGAAAUGAGGGCUAGACAGGCCUUGUUGAGCCGCCCUUGGGCACCCAAACUCCACCAAAGCCCAUCCCUUCCAGGCUCCCCGGGCUGCUCAGUGCUCAACCCUCCCUCUGCGACUGGGUUUCCAGUAGACGGAGGUGUAGCCGGCCGCCGGCUGAACUUGGCGGGACGACAGAAGCGCUAGACGAGGCCUAGCUUUUUGUCUAGUGCCCGGGUGGCUGUCGUUAAAAACUGCAAGCGGCUCCCUCCCAAGCCUAAAAAAGAAACACGCAUAGCGAUUUUGUCUAGAUCUCCAACAGCCUUUGGCCUUUGCCACUCAGCAGACAAAAACAAAGACACAGCAGCAAAUAGGAAAACAGCUGACUUAGACCAUUGUGAUAGUUGUCUGCAGCCCAGCCUCCUGCCAAGACUAAUUUAGGUCCCGGGGCUUUUAGCAGGACAGAUCCCCCUCAUCUACCCACGAUUGACCACCACAGGUUGCAUUUAACACCAAACUCUCCUCGUCCUCGCCCUGAUCUUGAGUUCAAUCUCGCAGUUGGUUUGACGUGACGGACUCAGCUCGUGUAACACCCAUCACUCCACUUCCUCCACUUCCUCCACUCCCUCGCUCACACUCCGCAAACGCCUCGGUCGACUGUCAAUUGCUUACAGUACCGGCAGGCGGCACACCAUUCGCUUCUUGGUCCCUUUUGCUUCUCUCAUCCUCUCAUCAUCAAGCUGUGUCUCCAUUCAUAGAACCGAGCAGACUCCUCUCUCGGACGCUAGAGCCACCUCCUGUCUGCUUGGCACACGACACUCUUCAUCAUCGAUAAAGGGAAUCACCCCUCUUGCCGGCUGUCGUCUGCACGUUCUUGAACCCUAGCUUGUUUGCUGCACUGUCUUCACCACUCACCGUCUGGGAUCUCGCCUCCUCAACCUCACCACCUGCUCUCAGCCAGUCGUCUCGCGUACCAUCCCCAAAUAGCAAACCCAAAAAAGCUGCCAUCUGUCUUGGGUCCGCAAUUCUGGACUAUUCUCAGCCGCUAAACGUCCUCUGCAUAUCCGUCUCCAGUCUUCUUCGGGCCUGAUAUCACCCUGCUCAAUUUACAAAACUCAACCUCCUCCCAUCCUUCAAACCUUCUCACUCACUUCUACAUCAUGGCAUCUGUCGACAUCAAGAACGACUACAGCAUGGAGGCAGGAUUGUUGAGCACUGACCGAGAAGAGAGGACCAUGUCGUCAAAGGAAGCACUACUCCAGGAUUCGGAAUCUGCCCAGACCAUCCCACGGACAAGGACCAGAAGGAUAUCCCCAGCUGGCAAGGCCUUGAUUGCUUUGGCCGCUUGCUGUCUUCUGGGCGUCGGUGUAGCAUCCAUUGGAGGUGCUACCCGAUUCUGCCCUGGACACCUCCGCCAUGGUGAUGUUGUUGGAAAGCAUGGCAUGAACGCUCAUCGACCAAAUCUUUCCGAUUCCAUGGCCCAAAUGGUUCGACGACAAAACACACCAGCACCUACCGAUACAGAGCAGGGCACUGGCCCUACCGAUGCCGCUUCUGAUGGUGCUUCCAAUGCUCCCUCGGGCGGCUCUUCAGGCGGAGCCUCUGGUGGUGCUUCAAACACCGUACAGCAACCCACUGCUACGAACGAGGCUAGCGAGACUGCUGUUCAGCCUUCCGCUACCGCCGAAGAGUCAACCGACCAGGCCAGCGCCACAGAUGAGGCCUCAAACACCCAGGCUCAACCGUCAGUUACUCAGCCAUCUGCCACCAGUGAGCCUUCCUCACCCUCGCGUCCUGCGAGCUCAGAACCUGAGGAACCCACCUCUAACCCGGAUACAGGCCCACCUUCUGCCACUGCCCGACCUACCGAGGACUCAGCUACUGAAGCAUCUCCUUCUGCCACGGAAUCUCAAGGGGAGCCUACUGAGCCUGCAUCCACAGCUGCUUCUACACAGCGAACCACCCGCAGGACCACGGAGAACCGACCUGAGUCCACUGAGGACUCUUCCCCUGAAUCGACCACCGAUGAUUCCGAGGCCACUGCCACUGGUACGUCCGUUUCGGAAGAGGAACCUUCUGAGACUGCUCCCUCUUCUCGUGCUUCAACUUCCAAUCCUUCUGCUCCUAGUGCUGCAACCUCCACUGCUGCCAGUACGUCUACUCGAAGAACUUCUUUGCCUGAUACCUCCUCUUUUUCUGAAUUACCGUCCGAGACGGCUUCUUCGGGUGAGACCCUUCAAUCCACCGCCCUUGAUGAUACUUCCACUGUUAUCGAAACUGCCACCGUUCCCUCGUCCACUGUCGCCGAAGCUACCACUGUCCUCUCCGACUUAACUUCUGAGUCAGCUUCCGGGCCAACUCAAGAGUCGGAAACAGCCUCCCAGGCUUCAGAGGAGACAGAGACGACCACCGGUAUGUGGGACGGACGAGCAGCAACAGGGCUCUUUCCAGGGACAUUGCUGCGAAUCCAAUUCCCCAAAACUGUUGUGAUAUUACUGUUUCGUGCCAUCUCCACAACCUGAUGCCUUGACUUCGUGACUAUCGCAAGUGCGCCAAAACUUGAAAAUGUCUUUUGACCCUUGAUUGCCUCCGCGUUGACUACACACUUUUGCAAACGGUUACCAUUUGAGCGCAUAUGCUAACAUUGAGACAGACGACCAGGAAACCGCAACUCAGACAGACGAGGCUUCACAAACCUCAGACCAUGCCGAAAGCGCGACUGAGACUGAGUCUGACCGAAGCACUGUGACCGGAACAGGUACCAGACGAACUUCGAGUGCUGUGCCUAAGACCUUCACUUCUACGCUUGAGGAUGGUGGCGUUACUACCAUGACUUCGACUUCUUGGGUUGAGGUUGUUCCCUCGGCCGAAGCUACUGCCGGCAGCGACCCUGACCUUCAGAAUGCCGCUCCUCGAUCCGUCGGUUCAGUUCUUGCCGCAGUCGUGGGUAUGGUCUUCGGUGGUUUCAUUCUCCUGUAAAUGGAAUAUUGAUCACUUGACCUUACCUCGCAUCCAGCGAAAACGUCACGCGAAUCCCGUGACGAACGAACUUGUGGUCCCGUUGCGGGCACCAGUUAAUUCAGAAUGGGUUCAUCUUUAUGAAUAUCACGGUCCUUUCUUCACGGGUAUAAAAUCAGGAUAAUAGACUUGGGGGCAGCAUCCGACGGAAUUAAUCAAUAGACAACUUCCACAUACGGUUGUAUCUUGGGGGAGAUUUGGUUCAUUAAUGGCGUCCAGCAUAUAUGCCGAACAUGGAUCGUAUUUAAAAAUGCAUAGUACAUGAGCGAAUACAAGCAAUUGCGUUUGCAUAUUCGAUUUUCUUUUCCCUA